AUGAGGCUGUCCAUAUCUGCUAAGGAGAGACUGGUGUUAACGCUAAGGUUUUUGGCAACAGGAGAGUCCUUUACAUCGUUGAACUUCCAGUUUAGAGUUGGAAAGUCAACCAUCUCUCAAAUUGUCUCUGAAACAUGUGAAGCCCUGUACCGAGUAUUGGCUAAGGAUUAUCUCAAGACACCAACUACAGAGGAGGAAUGGCUGGACAUUGCACAAGAGUUUCAUCAAAAGUGGCAGUUUCCCCAUUGCCUUGGGGCCCUAGAUGGGAAACAUAUAAACAUUUUGCCCCCAGCUCACAGUGGAAGUAUCUACCGUAAUUACAAAGGGCGGUUUUCUGUGUUGAUGAUGGCUCUUGUAGAUGCCAAGUACCAGUUUCUGUACGUCAGUGUGGGAGCACAAGGAAGAGCAUCAGAUGCAGGAGUUUUUAACGAGUCUGACUUCAAGAAAGCACUGGACCAGGGCCUUCUCAAUAUUCCUGCAGCAAAACCACUUCCGCUAUCAAACAUACAAGCCCCCUUUGUGUUCCUGGGCGACGAUGCUUAUCCUUUGCGCAGACCUCAUGAAGCCAUACUCUAUUCGUCAGAUGGAUUAUGA